AAGAUCUUCUGCUGUACUGCCAGCCUUGUGAUGAAGAAGGUCCCAGACUUCCAGCCCAUGGUUAUUGCACUGACUGUAAGCAACAUCUAUGCGAGACAUGUUAUACAGUCCAUAAAAGACAUAAGUUGUCAAAAUGUCAUACACUUCUAGAUGCAACAAGUAUGCCUAAAUCUCUGAAUCAACCCACAACAUCUCCCCCUACAAGCCAGUCAGAUGAUCUGAUCACUCCCUGUCCAAAACAUUCACGAGAAAUGGUAAAGUUUUACUGCCAUGAUCAUGAAAAAUUGCUGUGCAGUGUUUGUGUUGCCCUUAAACACCAAGCUACCCACUGCAAAGUCAACUAUAUACCAGAUAUUUCUGGUAAUAUAAUAGACAGCAAAGAAUAUCAAGGUAUUCUAAAAGCAGUAAGUACCACGUCUGACCAGUAUAAAAAAAUGGUAGAAGAUGUAAAGAAAAAGACUGUCAAAUCCAAUUCUUCCCUGAGCGAUGCAUUAGCUGAAAUCAAAAAGUUUCGACAAGAAAUCACCCAACGACUAGAUAAGCUUGAAAGAAAAACUGUAAAUGCAGCCGAGGUCAUACAUAUUCAAAACGACAGAUAUUUGCAGUCAGUAGAGAAAAUAUGUGAAGAUAUAGCCACAUUAUUACAAGCAUCGUCAGAAAUGAUCAGGCAAGUAAAUACCUCUAAACAGGCUAAUAAACUUUUCGUGGAACUAAAACUUGCAGAAAAAAACAUGAAAAAUAUUGAGGCAUAUACCCCAGAGCUCAUGUCAUAUGAAAUCAGAGAGCACAACUUCAUACCAAAUGAGGCCAUAUUAACACAGGUUACAACAGAGAAGACUUUGGGAAUAAUAACCGAAGAAAAUUUAAAUAAAGAAUCCACUUGUGUGAAGACACCGGAUGACGAAAGUAUGUGUUGUAUAACUGGGAUGACUCUUCAUUCUCCUGAUCUUCUUAUCAUUACAGACUCUGAUAACCGAGCUGUGAAGGUAGUGAAUACCAGAAAUGAGUUGGUGUGUGAUAGAUUACAACUCGAUGUUGCACCAUGGGAUACCACACUAGUUUCUAGUUCUGAACUUGCUGUCACACUCCCUCAUGCAAAAAUGAUACAAUUUUUAUCAAUCUCAUCAAACAAACUCGAAAAGAAGCACACAGUGAAGGUUGAUGGAAAAUGUUAUGGUAUUAUUCAACAUCAAGAUAAACUUGUUGUGUCCUUUCUUCAUCCUGCAAGGCUCCAGAUACUUGAUGUGAAUGGCUUUGUACUGGAAAACAUUGAUAUCAGCAAUAAUUCCUGUACUCCAUUUUAUGUUACAUGUGACAGUAGCUCUAUAUAUCUAUCAGACUGUGACGUGAAAUCAGUAAAGAGAUUUAACUGGCAGGGUGAAGAGACUUGUAGCUAUGAUGAUGCGAGAGGGCCGUAUGGUAUAGCACUGUCAGAUGAAGGUACCAUCUUUGUUUGUGACUGGGAGAGAAAUGUUAUCAGAGAGGUAUCAGGAGACUGCUAUACAGGAAUAGAUAUUCUGAAGGAUCUGAAGUGUCCACAGGGCUUAUGUUGGUGUGGUGAAACAAGAAAGCUUUACUACAGUUGUGAUGCUGGAAAUGAAAAAUUCAACAUCUUUCUUCACAUUUAUAAACUGCCAUAGACUUGAACAAUAUUU